AUGCAUGGUGAUGUAAUGAACACAUCUGUGAAGAAGGCAAAAUGGCGACUGUGUAAUUCUCUACCAACACACAACGUGUCGGAAUUUAAGCAAAAAUAUGUUGGAAAAUCGAAUUCACUAAGAUUCAACUACUGAGACCUUCCAUGAAACAAACAGUUGCUCCCCAUAAAGUAAACACUGUCGAGUGAGUUUCUUUCACCGAUGGAGGGACUCCCUUGGCGGAUUACCUUACUCACUCUGUUCCUAACCGCCGGCGUCUUCUGUCGGUCAGGAAAUCAUAAACGCGAAGGUCCAGACAGACGACAGCUGUUCUCCCAUACAUCAUCGCUACCGGAAUAUACCAGCGAUAUUCCAGCACCCGUUGUUUUACCCUCUGGGUUGGUUCCUGACGCAGGGGCCGUCCCUCCGGUGGAGGCCAUUGCGCCUGCUCCGCUCAUAGCUCCUGCGCCCGCGAUUUUACCAUCAAACGCCAUGAAGGAGAAGCAAAAAGAGUACGAAGAAGGAAACAAUAAACGCUAUCAAUUUCCCUUUCUUGCUGGAAACGAAAUUCCUCAGUCACAAUGGACUGGUCAGUUACCACAAGAGCCGGUGACGCAACAGUCCUCGCUUCCAUUCUACGAGAAUCAAAUGAAUCAGUCUCCUGAGGGAAGCUUCACUGCGCAGCAGAAUCAGCUUAUGUCUUCACCUGCAGUGCCUAUUGCCACCAACGAAAUGUUCGACGACGCCACAAACCGAGAUCAGCUCACCUCCACAAGUCUGUCAUUUCUACAAAGUCAAUAUGAAACACACAACUCGCCUUCCAGCGCGAAUAAGGUGGAUUAUUUUGAACCCAAUGAGAGCCAGGAAACACCACCUUAUUUGGAUUCAAAGCAGUUCGCAGACAAUGGGCCAACAAAGGAAGACUUAAAAACAAUCCAACCCCUUCUCGAGAGUGAGAAUGACAUUGCUAAAGCGAUUAUCAAAGAUUCCUGGUCGCAAGAUACAGCACUUUCGUCUCCGAGACAAGCUGUCACAGAGGGUCUGGCAACUUCGCACCAAAUGGCUAACGUGGACUUGAACAACAAACCAAUUCUCAAAGAAAACCCUUCCAAGCAAGUAAACCAUAAUAAUCUCGUCUCAGAUCAACUGCUACAGGCUGUCUUGGGUCAAGAAAAGCCUUCCAAGCAAGUAAACCAUAGUGACUUUGUUUCAGACCAGGACCUACCAGCUACCUCGAAUAAACAAAACCCAUCGUUUUCUUCACAAGCAACACUUUCGUCAUCAGUAAAAACAGUCGAUAAAAUUCCCAGUGACGACUCAUCAAUACUAACCACAAACUCAACAAAACAACACGGAUACAACUUAGUGGCGCCAUUCCUUAAAAUGAUGUCGUCUUCUAUGAAAAAUAAUUCCACAAAGAUGAAUUUGUCUAUUUCAGACUCCCACAAAGAAUGGUUUUCCAACGCCACGGUAACAAAGGAAAACAGUACAAAGGCUUCUUCUAAGAACGACCAGUCAACAACGAAAGCAUAUACAGCCGCCGAUUAUUUACAAAGUCUUUAUCCAGAGCUAUCGGUCUUCAAAGCACCUUUUGAAAUAGAUGAAAAGAAUCCAUCGAAGGCUUCAUCUUUUCUACAAUCAGUUCAAUUGUCAACAUUGUCACCGUUGUCAUCUUUGCUUUCCAGGAAUCGAACAGUUCACGACAACAGCUCUUUGACCUCAAUUAAGAAUAUGGUUGGGUCGAAUAAACUCUCCCCAGAAAUGCAACGUAAAAUUCAAAAGGUCCUCCAAAUGUCUUUAUUGCAAUCAUCUAAGUCUAGGGAAAGAUCUACGGUUAAACAAAGUUCUCACAUACGGGGGUACCUAUCUUCGGCAGCGGACAUGCUCUUGACAAGAUCGAGAAAACCAUCAGGGAAGAAAGCACCAGGUUACAGGUAUCUGACAGAAGCUGGUGCCAAACUUCUGCCGGCGCAUAUCUUCUCACCGCUUGGAAGUGAGUUUAAGGACUCUUUAGGCUACACUUCCCUUCAAUCUAGGACAAGCCCCUCGACGCUGGUCCAAGCAAAUGGCACACGACCGACAGGAGGAACCAUUGCUCCCAUUGAGCCAACCCAAAUGGGAAUAAUUCAGCCUAAAAGCAAUGCUAAAGUAGAACCUACUGGCUCUCUAGCCAUUAAAUCAACGCAAUUUGGACUGAUUCCAAGCCCACCAAAGGGUCUAGCCCAGAAAGAUACAAUUGGCGGUAGCAAACUGUUAAUUAAAAGACCGAGAAAAACACAUCUGUUGUCACUUACAAAGAAGAAAGAAUCGACGUUUAACACAACAGCAGCUACAAAGAACUCUGAUAAUCCAACACAGCCUGGAUUUGUUCCAUCUGUAACUGUGCCAACCAAGGCUGUUCUGUCCGAACCGGCCAUUCCAACUAAAGAGAGAGUGCUACCCACUGAAACUGAAGCAAAACUGAAGAAAAGUGUGUUUCAAAAAGAUAACGGUGUAAAGCACGGUCGCGAAAGAAACAAACCAAAGAUUAGUUCUAUCAAACAAAGAUCAUCCUUAGAUGAAAUGACAGUAAUUAAAGGCCAUACAGAAUCCUUAGUGUCUCCCUUACGGGAGAAGGCAAGGCCAGAAAGUCGAAGUUACUUCGGGAGCAGCAGAUUUCACGUUUUAAAAAGUCUUGUGUCAGAUCGUUCUUCAGAUCACUCCAGAGUACGAAGACAAGUACUACUCCCGUUGCCACUCCUACAAGGGAACGGAAAUCCCCAACAGUUUGAGCAAUCGUUAUUUCCUGGACAAGUUCCUGACCCACCGUUUUUACCCACCUUGCCACAGCUGCAGCAACCAGUUCCACAAUAUUUACCAACACAGUCUUUACCAGGUUUCUUACCACAAUUCGCCCCUGCUCCUCAAGCGAUGGAUCAACUUUCAUUGUUAGGACAGCCAGACGCACGUUCUCAGUUUCCUCUACAACAACCAUUAAAUAAUCAAAUCCCUCAGUCUCUAUUCGCACCUCAGCAGCCGUUUCCAGACUCCGGAAUCUCCUUUCGUGCUCCGCCUCAACCCUCAUUACAGCAACUCAGCAGCACUUUAGGUUUGACACCCCUUCAACACGUCUUGCCCCAGCGGACUUCUCAAACAAGAAGCGGCUUCGCUCUGAACGAGCCUAUGAGCUCUCUUGGUCAAGACCUUUCGCCCGUGACGGUCAAUGUUCCCAUGGCGGCCCCGCAGAAGAUUCCAAGUUUUCUGACAGCGAGUCAGGUGUACAGAGACUUUGAGGAUGUCAAUUCUAGGUCACAUUUGUCAGAUGAUAUUAUUGGAAGUCAAAGUGAUCCCGCCAGAAAUGAAUUUAAUCCAGAGGAUGAUCAGUUGCCAGAGGAACCGAAAUACGACAAGUUCGCAUUUGAAAAUGACAAGAAAAUGUGGGGAUUAGACAACGACUUCAGUGAGGAUGAGGACAUAGAUGGUAUGGGUUCGCACGGCAGGAAAGAACGCAGAUUACAUCAUAACUCAGAAUAUUCAUAUGGCAUUGACGAAUCGCAUCCCACUUCUAGCUUGAGAUACGGCUCAGGAGGAAGAAGGCAUUACCGUCCCAGACCUCUAAAUGGUGAACAUUGGGUUGAUGAGGAUACUACUGACCGACUGAAUGGAAAAGGAAUCAUUGGACAUAACGAAGGAAUUGAUGAGGAGUUGAACGAUUUUGGAGCUCACCCUGCAGAUGAAACGACCGAAAAUGCCAUAAAAGAAGAUUCUUACGAGACUCACCACCACAAAUACCACCAUUCCCCGAAGCACAUUAGACCCGGUACAGACGACGAAGAAGGCAACGAGCCCAGUGAAAAAACUAAAACAACGGAAUCAGAAACGGGUGUACCAGUCAGCGAUACUGACACAGUAGAACCAGACACAGACUCAUCUGAAGAUAGCGAACAGGAACACCAAUCUGAGGCAAAUAUCUCAAAUGACAAGACUGAAAGGGAUGAGGAACUUAAGGAUGGUUUGGAAGAAUCUCCAAGUGAAGAAUCUCCCGGUGUUUCCCCUUCAACUACCUCCUCAGUAUCCUCACCCAAGCCAACGCCAGGUCCACCCUCAUCGACCAUGAAAGAAGAAAUCAUCAAGAAACUAGCUCGAAGUGCUGUGAUGCACUUAAAUUUUGACAGCGCGCCUGUCAAACCCGCAGACAACGCUGUACACGAUCAGUCUGGGAACAAAAAUGACGCAGAUCUUUCCAACGGAGCUGAAAUAUCAAACCGGACAAUGGGCUCGUGUGGUCGUGUUGCUGACCUUAAACAUGGUGAAGUCAUGUACAAAGCUAAUCACUUCACAAGGAAACCAACCAAAGCAGCUUCCAUAGCCAUGUGGAUUAAGUCCCGCAAGACUGGUCUCGUUCGGUGGUUUGAUGUCGACGACGGUAAGGAAGAUGACAGUGGAAAGAAAAUGGUGAAAGUUCCAAAGAAUCAAUGGAUUCACCUGGCAGGAACUUUUGACUCUAAGGAUGGAAUUGCUCGAGUUUAUGUGAAUGGUAAACUGAUCUCUGAAACAGUUGGCAAGAAAAACAAAGGAUUGCCAGACGAUUUUACUGCCACAGGAAUAGGACAGAAAUUUGGCGAUAAGUUCAUCUCCUUUCUAGAUGAUGUUUUCAUGUUUGAUCGAGUUAUCACUCCAGCGGAAGUUAAAAUGCUCUAUAAAAAGUGCGAGUUUAAUCGAAUGGUCCUUCACUACGGAUUCCAAAAAGCGAACGUGACUACUCACCAGGUAAUGGAUCAAUCAGGUCUGGAUAACAAUGCUACCCUGGAGGGAGGGGCACACAUCUUAAACAGUGGUUGUGACAAAUGUGGCGCGUGUUUAGACGCAUCCAAUGAUAAAAUGCCCAGCGUGUAUCUUGAUGGGAAAAACUUUCACCACAAACCUAACACAGCUAUUUCAAUUGCAUCCUGGAUCAGUUUAAACCAAACUAAGGGACGUCAUUCUAUAUUCCAAGCCGUGAGCAACAAGCACAACGAUGAAUGGCACGACAUUUACAACUUGGAGGUAGUGAACGGAAAACUUCACUGGCGACACAAAACCUCUAACGGUGACGUAGCGUUUGACGUCAAGACUGACGAUGUUGCAAUACCUGAAGGGCUCUGGAGUCAUGUGACUGCCACGUACAGCGCAGAAUCCGGUGACGCUAAGAUCUACGUGAACGGUUUGUUGAAAGGAACUUAUGGCAAUCCCCGCAAACCAAAGCUUUCCGAUUCUUGGGGUCGCAUUUUGAUAGGGGGUCAUCUACCUGAUGGCAGAAAUUUUGGUGGACUCUUGGAUGAGAUUUUCAUAUACAACUGGGAACUGGAUCAGUCUGAGGUGCGCUUUGUGUUAAAAUACUGCGCUGACAAACCAAAGCUUGUCUCCUUUACGGUGCGCGUGCCGCUGUUCAAACGACAAAGAGUUCAGAGUGCUCCCACAGCCUUGCGAUUUUUAUAGUCACAGAAAAUUUGCAAAUAGAGGGCACGUUUUAAUAAUGUUGAAAACAUUUUUUCAAAUGUUUUAAGAGAGCUGCAGACUCAGCAGUAAUUAUCCAUGAGCUGACAUUUUGUUAUUGAUCGACGAUAACUCGUUUUUGGUGUGAAAAUAAAAGUGAUAUUUGAAUUUCGACCAGGAAAGUUGACUCUGAUUCAGAGAUUCAUAGUUAGUAAAACUCAGAACAAUAAUUUUUUAGAAAUGUUAUAAUCGUGCUCUCUGAUUCCAAAGCAUAGAAAGAUUAAAAGGAUAAGUAGGAUCGUUGAAUCCUUUAUCCUUGCAUUUUGAAAUCUUGAAAUCAAAGAAAAGGAAAUAUGAAAAAUGAAUGAAUAGAAGGAUAGAAUAGAAUAUCUGCUUCAGUUGCUUUUGCAAAAAAUGAAAUAUCAAACACAGCUUGGCUAUUAAUGAAUGAAAUAAACAUUUUUGACAGGGAGCUGUCAGCCAAGUUUCGUGUUUCACUAAAGCUGGCACAUUACGUGAACGGAUCGUGACAAACGCCUUUUUACGCGUGAGAUGAAUGCCACUGAAGCAUGUAUAUAUGUAAGAGAAGAGGAGCAAAUCACGUGAAACGCAAGUAUUUGGUUUAAAUUCUUUUCUUGAUUGGACAAGAAGGGCAGAAUCUAUAUGCGAUAGAUUCCAUCCAGGUACAGUUCCUUGAUCUCAGGCUGUUAUGGCAAACGGAGGGAGUAAAUUAAAGUUAACUUUGGUAAAGUUGAAAUUCAUUUAAACCCAUUUAUCUCAAAGGUUUGCUUUCAUAGGAGGUAUUUAGUGCUUGAAAGAAUCGAAAGGCAUAUCCCGCGCCAGAAAAUAAAGGAUUGUUCGUUAUAUGAUACGAAAUGUAAGGCUACUUAUCCUUGAUUAACGAAGCUUUACACGUAGGGAAGAUGAGAGAUAAGCCCGCAGGUGCGCGCGCAGUAUACGUUUCGUUGAAAAAACACCGACCUUAAUGCGCUGCGCAACAUCCUCUCUUACGUGGAGACCACUGUUAUCUCUUUAUCUAAAUUUAUGUUUACACUUGUCAACGAACUCUUGCAAUUUGUUGUAUUACAUUGUCCAUGUUACGCUGUAAGAUUUGCACUAAAAUUGCUCCUGCUCACAUGUCAAUGUUUGGGGUUCUUUGCUCUUAAGGCCUUAUAAUCCGCUAUGAAAAAUAUGAGUUAAGUGACUUAGUGGCUAAUAAUGCUAAUGACAGUUUGUGCACAACUUUUAUUCAACAUCACGUUUAAUUACCCUUGUGAGUUAA